ACUUUAAAGUGUGUCCACACUCAACAUCCAGGAUGACAGGGAUUAUUCUGUUUCUCUUGUUUCUAGGGUUUCCUCUUUACAAGACAGAGGAGCAUGUUGUCAAUGAGCUGUACACCCUGAUAGAAAAGGGUCAGACCAGCUUCGUGGAUCCAGCUCCGAGCAACCAGACCUGGAUGGUGGUUAAAGAACCCUCCCUGCCCAUCAACGAGCUCCUAGAGAAGAGCAGCAAGACCGGCGAGUCCAAAUUCACCCUCCAUCCUCUACCCUCUGCUGUCUGGCCAAAGCACAGUGACCUGGCUCCCAUCCCUCGCCACCACGGCCCCCACAACAAGAGCAAAAAAGGCCCCAAGAGCGACCGUCUGGUGGAGCACAACAGCGAGAAAACCAGAGCAGAAGUUGCUGGUCUGCUUCCCAAAACCCCACUGACAGGAGCUACAGCUGCUGCUGCUGCUGCUGCUGCUGCCGCCAACAACAACAACAACAACAACAACCGCACUGUGCAGAAAACCAACCAGGACACCCAGUCCAACAUUAGUCCUCCUCAGCAGAGUGAAGCAGAAGGACACCCCAACUCCAGACCCAAGGGUCCACCCCACACACAGCCUCAGACUCAGCCGCACCAACCGGCCCCUUCCCCGCGCAGAGAUCUCCCCAACCGACGGCUGGACCCAGAGGAGAACCGGCCGGGAAAGUCCAGUCUCUAUCAGUCAGGUCUCGGUGCAGCGACCCGGAACAACAGCCGCCCGCCUGUCGUCUUCAACCGGCGCUCCUCCAGCCUGCUUUACCAGUUCGACAUCCUGAGGCGAGAGUCCGACUUCACACAUGAUGCCUUUUGCAUGAACGAGUGCAGGAAGGAGAAGGAGGAGAGAGAGUAUUACUGCUACAGUGAGUUUGCUGUCAAUGGGAUAGUUCACGACAUCGAUGUGUUGCGUAAAGGAAUACGCCUCAUUACACUGAUGGUGAGCAGUGAUGGCUUCUACAAGAUGAGUCGUCUCUAUGUGACCCCAGACAGCUUUUUCUUCAAAGUUCGCCUUCUGGUCCUGGACACCUACAAGUGCAGCAAGCCCUGCCCUGACAUCAAACUCGGGACUAGAUACAUUAUAAUGGGCCAGAUAUACCACAGGAGGCGCCAUCUUCCAAGUGACCUCCUGAACCUACUGGGAGGUAAACUGAAGCCCGGAGACGGCCUCCUGCGAAGCAACAACUACGUCAAGAGGUUCAACAAACGGAGGCACCAAAAAGCCCUGGAGGCCACGCGAUCCAGGUGUAGGUGAACCAAAGAUAAGACUAUCGCCCCCUACUGCAGGGGAAGAGACAUUGCAGCUUACCUGAACUGAUCAUAACUAACCCCUCAGUAUUGUGCAAGACAGAAGACAUUUUGCAGAAGGUAUGGAUUUAUUUUCACACGGACUGCUAUGAUGUAUCCUUAUCAUGGUUCAUCUUUCUUACUCCUCUGUAAAAUUCCUGAAGUACUGACUUGUGGGCUCUUUGGUACAAACACAAAACACAAGCAGCUUUAAUUAAAUGGAUAUUCCACAAUCAUUUUUUUACAUUUGGGACAUCAAAAAAGGGUGUCCCCACUAUUAUUUAAAAAAAACAACUCCACUCAAACUCCUCAUUCAUUCGUGACUGGUUCAUGAAGUCCCUAAAUUAAAAAGGUAUACAAUUGGCUCACUUUUAAAGGGCUAUUUGGCUCAUCUGAAGAACAUUUAGCCACACAAUUAGUUUAUAGAAAAGGUAUACUGUAUAUAAUUAUCUUGCAUCGGCAGUCACAUUGGCAUGUUACUGUUUUAUUCAUGUGCAUUUAGCAAGCCUAUAUUUGUGCUGAGACAGUCUCUUUAUUCCCACUAUAAUCCAAGCACACAUAUGAACAUGCCUACAGAUAAGGUAAUUGGUUUAAUGUUAUUUUUCUAGCUGGCGCAGUAGUUUUUCUAAGCAUGCUCCCAUAUUAAACAAUACCAGAAAACAAACCCUUUUACACAAUAUUGUAGAGAAACUCUUUUUUUUUCAUACAAACAUCCUGUUUAAAAAAAAUUAAAUAAUGGCUGUUGGUUAGUGCAUUUUAGGACCUGUUGAAACCCUGGAUCUCAUUUAGCAAAAAUCCAACAUUUUAAUCAUGUUGAUUCCUUUGAUUAAUCAAUGAUGCUUCUAAUUUUUUAUGAAUGCAAAAUGUUGUAUUGCACCAAAUAUUGUUUUGUAACACUCAAUCCCAUGCAUGUUGUCACUGUGGUUGUUAUUGGUAAGCAGGAAAUGCACUAUUAUUGUAACAUGGACCAAAGGGAGGGAAUGAAGGGCCUGAAAAAGCAGCGAAAAACCCCAGUGGAGGAGGAGGGUGAAAAAGGGAGAGAGAGAGAGAGAGAGCACAGGGCCUUUGCUUGUCAUGAGAGCAGCUUAUUUUUCUAACUUUAAUUAUGUGUCCACGAUGAAAUAUCUGCCAGAGUAGACUGGGACAUCAAAAGGGGCCUUGCUGAAUGAGGAAGGGGUGUGUUGUUGUAGGGAAUAAGCCAUAUAUCUAAUCGCAGGAAUCUGAUCCUCUCCGCACCUGGACACAUGACUCUGGAAAAAGUGCCUCCGUGACAGCUCCUCUUUGGGAUGGCUCUUGUUUUCUUGCUUACACACAACCACGUCCUCCUGUGGGAGAGCCAAAGCUAAAAAAAAAAAAAAAGGGGGGGGAUUUAAAGUAUUAAGGCAGGAUCAGCGAAAGAGAGAGACAAGGGGGCAAGAUGGAGGAGAAAUAAAGAUUAUGUAAAAUGACAAGGACGGGGAUUGAAGCAGGAGAAGAGGGGUUGGGUCUGUCUCUCUAAAGGGAUGGCUUCUUAUUUAAUCAGAAAUCCCUGGCUUGAUUGUAGUACGACUCUGAGCUCAUGACAGGGAAAACUUGCACUGAACGCUUACAUUGCUUUACUAUACAUGAACCCAAUAAAAAUGUGUAUUGUUUU